AUGAUAGAAGACGACUUCUACCGUUCCUCUACCCAGUAUCGGCACUGGUCCUUCACUCACUCCCAACUUUCUGAGCGACGCGCUGUCACCAAUGCCCACGCAGCCGCCCGCGUCCGCGCCGCAUUCCACCGUGCCCAGACCGCCAACGGCAACGAUGCGUCCUAUUCAGACGGCGAAGUCGAUACGCUGACUGUCGAUGAAGAGCUCAAAAUCAUCGAAUGGGGCUCCAACAAGAUUGUCGAGAUGGGGAAGCUCCUUCACACCCCUUCUUCCUUGCAAUCGACCGCCAUUCAGUACCUCCGCCGAUUCUACCUGACUAAUUCGCCCAUGACCUACCACCCCAAAUCCAUCAUCGCGUGCGCGCUAUUUUUGGCCACCAAAGCGGACCACCAGCACGUCAGUGUCCGAGCAUUUGCAGAGGAGACGAAUGUCACGGAGGAUGAAGUCAAAGCACCAGAGUUCUUGCUGCUGCAGGGCAUCAAAUUCACGUUAGACGUGAGGCACCCGUUCCGAGGACUGGAAGGAGGCAGUGUUGAAAUGAGAGAACUCAUCACCGAGGGCAGAUUAUUGAGCGGAGAGAAGGAAGCCGUCAAGAGACUCGAGGCGGCAAUCGUGAAAGCAAAGGGUUUCCUGAGAAGAGAGGCGCAGAUGACAGAUGUGUACUUUCUGUACACGCCCGCACAAAUCUGGCUAGCAGCGAUGCUGAUGGCGGACAGCGAGCUUACGGUGGCGUACCUGACGGCAAAGUUUGAGAGCUUGCUGGCAUCAGAGCCGCCGGUGGGUGCGGACUUGGAGGCACUACAGAGCAAGCUCACGGCUACGGUACGGAAAUGCGCGACCAUGCUGGAGGAGUACAAAUCCCCCGAAGACGACAAGAAGGAGCGCAAGGAGCUGGGGAGGAUCGGCAAGAAGCUGGCGAAGUGUCAGGAUCCAGAGAAGACUGAUAUCGUGGCAGUCGCGAAGGCGAAGAAAGCAGAGAAGCGGGAAGGGAGCGAGAGCGAGAGGGAGGGCGAGAAGAAGAAGCGGAGGACGGAGAGAGAAAAGCUCGGAAAGGACGGAGAUGUUUUCGGUGGCGAUCUGAAGGAUAUAAGGUGA